GUUGAUCUCUCCCUUCCUUUGUUGCCUCUUUUCUUCCUCAAUUUUCUCUCUUCUCUUUUUCUCUCUCUCUUUCCUCAUUCCACCGAUCCUGUCUCAAAUCUUCGAGAGAGUGAAAAAGAAGAAGAAAAUUGAAUAAUAAUGGCGGCCGUAUCGCCAUUAGCAAAGUAUAAGCUUGUGUUUUUGGGCGAUCAAUCUGUUGGAAAAACCAGCAUCAUUACUCGCUUCAUGUACGAUAAAUUCGAUACCACCUACCAGGCUACCAUUGGUAUUGAUUUUUUGUCCAAGACAAUGUACCUUGAAGAUCGAACAGUUCGGUUGCAGCUCUGGGAUACUGCUGGUCAAGAAAGAUUUAGGAGUCUUAUUCCCAGCUACAUUAGAGAUUCUUCUGUCGCUGUAAUUGUGUUUGAUGUUGCCAACCGUCAAUCAUUUCUAAACACUUCAAAGUGGAUUGAAGAAGUACGUACUGAACGGGGAACUGAUGUCAUAAUUGUUCUUGUUGGGAACAAAACUGAUCUUGUCGAGAAAAGGCAAGUAUCCAUCGAAGAAGGCGAAACCAAGGCUCGUGAAUUUAACGUAAUGUUUAUAGAAACUAGUGCUAAAGCUGGAUUCAAUAUCAAGCCUCUGUUCCGAAAGAUUGCUGCUGCUUUACCAGGAAUGGAAGCCCUUUCGUCCACGAAGCAAGAAGAUAUGGUGGAUGUGAAUUUGAAGCCUACCACAAGUUCAUCUAAUGCAGAGCAGCAAGGUGGAGGUUGCGCGUGCUAGAUUUUGUAUGUAACAAGAGAGAUAAGAAGUUGGACAUACACAAAGAUGCAGUUGCAUCAAAUUAUAUCAUAAUAUAUAUAGAUGUUCAAUUAGCUCAUUUUGUUAGAUCAUUAUGAGGUUUGGAACAAUUUUGGGUUUUUGUUCAUGUUGUACAACAAGUUCUUUCAAUUCUGAUGGUGUGAUAGCUGACAAUUAUGUUGUUACUAUUAAAACUUGUGAUUAUAUAUUAUGUGAUGUGAUUCCUAGUUCAGGAAUCUUUUUUU